GCCAUCAUGUCCAUCUUCACCCCCACCAACCAGAUCCGCCUCACGAAUGUGGCCGUGGUGCGGGCGCGGCGCGGCGGGAAGCGCUUCGAGAUCGCCUGUUACCGCAACAAGGUCAUGGGCUGGCGCAGCGGAGCGGAGAAGGAUCUCGAUGAGGUCCUGCAGACGCACACGGUGUUUGUCAACGUCUCCAAAGGCCAGGUGGCAAAGAAGGAAGAUCUCGUUCAAGCAUUUGGAACAGAUGACCAAACAGAAAUCUGUAAGAUGAUUUUAUCAAAAGGGGAGCUGCAGGUAUCGGACAAAGAACGACACACACAGCUGGAGCAGAUGUUUAGAGACAUCGCAACUAUUGUGGCUGACAAAUGUGUGAACCCUGAAACAAAGAGGCCGUACACAGUAAUCCUUAUAGAAAGAGCCAUGAAGGAUAUUCACUACUCCGUCAAACCACACAAGAGCACGAAGCAGCAGGCGCUGGAAGUGAUCAGGCAGUUAAAGGAGACCAUGCAAAUUGAACGUGCUCACAUGAGGCUGCGAUUUAUUCUUCCAGCAAAGGAGGGGAAGAAACUAAAAGAGAAGCUCAAGCCACUGAUUAAAGUCAUUGAGAAUGAAGACUUCCAUGAACAAUUGGAAAUCGUGUGCCUUAUUGACCCGGGCUGCUUCAGAGAGAUUGAUGAGCUGAUCCGGAGUGAGACAAAAGGGAAAGGAACACUGGAGGUGCUCAGUCUGAAGGACGUGGAGGAGGGAGAUGAAAAGCUUGAAUAACAAAACCCUUCACAGGGCAGUUCUACUUUAACAACAUCCUACGAAAUGACUGGCAUUAGCCGCUCUCUUCUGUUAGGCCUUCGUGUUUUUUCCAAUCUCUUGCUGCCAAAUACUUUCUGACACUAAUCCUUUGGGAUUUUGCCAUGCAGUGUGGGGGUUUUUUUAUCAUUUUACACUUGCUUCGUUUACAGAUGGGUUUGCCUGUAGGAACACUUGUGUCAGAGUUGCACUAAUGAGGAUUGAGUUGAGACUUGAUAUGGAAGUUACUCUAGGUUUGGUUCACUUUACGAGUUGCUGUUGAAGAGUAUUUGAUACGGUGCCAGUCAUUUUCAUUUUAAAUUGCUAGUGUUGAGUGGAAGAUUGCGUAGGUCACUGAGCGGUGGGGUUUGCAUUUGAGGAGAGGAACCUUCAGAAAAGGGAGCUGCAUUUUUGCUUCUGAACAGGUGCAAAGUGUGGAUCAUUUCUAAACCGAUCUCUUGGCAGCAUGAAAACAGACUUAGACUUCCAUAAUUGGCUGCUUGAUGAUUAGAGUACUUUAAAGGACCAUUCUUAAAGAUUUCCUUCACUGGAUAUAACAGUACUUGCUGACUGAAAAAAUGUUCUCCAAAUAACUUAUUCAUAAAAUAUAUUUAGCUACAUUAAUAAAAAUGAAUUAUCAUCUAUUUAUAUAUUAUAGAUACAGAAAGAAAUAAUAAUUAUUUUUGUGAAUAAUGUAGGAGGUAGCUCUGGCCGCGAUGAUGCUUUUUGUAGGCUGAAGGCAUAGCCUUCGCUUCUGGGCUGUUCUCGUUCAUGUGAUAAAAUGAAUCUUGAACAGGCAGUGGUGGCCUGUGGCUGUUGAGCUAGGCAGGCUUUUGUGGGGCGGUAAUUCCCUAGCGGGGACCGUUUAGUGUGUGUGCCUUUUCUUUUCAGUGCGAUAGAGAACAAUUCUGGCAGCUGUCCUUUAUCCUCUGUCUUUUUAGGCUGCUUUCUAAUACAUGCACAGAAUUUCCAGCCAGCUCCUGAGGCACAGUAUAUGCUUCUUGAUUAAUUCUUUUAAAUCUUGUUUCAGUUGUGUUAAACAAAUGCUUUUAAGUUGAAUUUGUGUGUUUCAAAGAAGAGCAGAAGAGAAAACAACAACUGGGGAAGGAGAUACUAAAAAUAUAAACCACCAGGCAAAGUAUGUAUAUCCGUGGGUGAAUAAAAGCUAAACCAGCAGGAAUUUAAGGAGCCUUUAGUACUACGUACCUGUUCCUGCGCUGAUGGGGUGCAGCAAGCCAGGAGCUGCAGGCUAGCCAGCGACUGCGUCUCUCCCAGAUGACUGAGUGUUGUGUUCAUUGUUUGCUGUUUACUUUCAGAGCGCGGGACUCUGCCUGUUAUAUGACAAUUAAACAGAGCUCUGGCUUGUA